CUAGCCUCAGUACAAUGUCGGCAGCUCGGAAAUGGCCGACUAUUCGUCUGGUAUGGCACUGGCUAUCCAAACAUCUUAUGGAUUAUCCAGCCGAUAAGGGCUCUAACACUCGUAUAUGACUGAUGCAAAUGCUGUCUGCUGGUUCCUAGAUUAAGUUGUGCAGAGAAUUUAGGACGAGAAUGGCCACGUACAUCCAGGUUGUGGAGGAAUUAACAGACGACGAACCAAUCGAGCUGCCCGUCGAGCCGGAUGGCACAAUGUUAUUGAGCACUCUGACAGCACAGUUCCCCUGUGCAUCGGGACUCAAGUACCGAAAUCCCGGCACGGGCAGUCUGCGGGGACUACGUGUUGUAGACGGCAGAAUACAGCCACCAGAUGGCGUUUGGGGAGAUCACCUGUACAUUGCAGUUUUCCCGAAAGACAACAAACGUAAAGGAGAGGACAACCAAGAGAAGGCCAACUCAGCCAAGACGCGCCGCGUAGACCAGCUCCAGGGCAUCACGCACAACAAGACGGUUGACUUGAUCGUCCUGGGCCUGGCAUGGAAGACUACGCAGGCAGGAAUGCGGGAGUACUUUGAAAAGUUUGGUGAACUGCUGAUAUGUGAGCUGAAGGUAGAUCGUGAUGGUAACUCAAAAGGCUUUGGGUUUGUGCGCUACAAGGACGUGGAAGCCCAAAACAAAGUGGUAUCAAUGAGACACACAAUAGACGGCAGACACUGUGAUGUGAAGUUCCCUGAUUCCAAGAACUAUAACAAUAAAAUGUUCAUCGGUCGUUUGACCGCCGACAUGACGAAAGAGGACAUCUAUGAAUAUUUCUCCCAGUUUGGUGAAGUUACUGAUAUCUACAUUCCCAAGAAUUUCCGAGGGUUUGGGUUCAUCACAUUUCUCAGGCCAGAGGUGGCGUCCCGUGUUGCCUGUGAAGACCACAUCCUAAAGGGUUCAAGUCUGUUUAUCAGUGAUGCUGAACCAAAGAAUUCCAGGAAGACAGCAAUGAAUAGUCCAGAAAACAACCAGAUGGGAAUGUUCGGAGGCCAGAACUUUGGAGGCGGUUUUGGAAAUCAAGGACAGUAUCAUUCCCGUGGUGAUUACAACCAGGUGUCAAGGAGAGGGGCUCGUGGGGGGAGCAGCAUGGGAGGUGGUGGGGGGAAUUACAGGGACUACAGAGACAGAGAUCAGGGUGGUAUGGGUGGCCAGGUUCCAAACAGUCCUGGUAUGGCUGGUGGAGGGAUGGGUGGGGGUAUGGGUGGAGGAAUGGGUGGCGGCAUUGGGGGUGGUAUGGGCGGUGGCAUUGGGGGUGGUAUGGGUGGCAAUCCAGGAGGGCAGGGCCCUGGACAGAUGAACAAUUUCCCCUGGAACCAGGCCAUGUUGGCUGCCUUGAGCCAGGCGGGCUGGGGCAUGAUGAGCAACAUGCUGGCCCAGGGCAUGCAGCAGGGCCUGCAACAGCAAGGGAACCAGCUGCAGCAACAGCAGCAGCAACAACAGCAGCAGCAACAGCAGCAGCAGCCAAACCAGCAGCCCCAGGUGGGGAUGUCACAAGGGGGUGGGGGAUCAGGAGUGCCUAACCAGCAGCCCAUGCAGCAGAAUCAAGGCGGUGGUGGUGGAGGAAGCUAUGGCUCCAACCAGCAGUCUCUUGGCUGGGGAGGCGUCCAGAAUAGUACAAAUGAAUCCCCCAGCACUGCUUAUCUAAUGGGAGACUCCAAGUCAGGAACGUGGUAGCAAUGUAAGUACAGAUCUUCUUCAGCAAACCUUCAUUUUUAUUAACAUGACAUGUAAACAGAGUUUACAUUUUGUCACAGUUUAUAUUUAGUCACAUUCCUUCAGUGUAUUUUUGUGUGAAGACUUGCCAGUGUACAAUGUACAUGUACUUCAUUGAUUUCCACCAUUUCAAGACAAUCAUGCAGUAUAUAAUGUUCACCCAUUGCUUCACAUCUUGGCAAGCUGAAUUAACACUUUAAAUGAGCUUUGUUACAUUCUAAUGCUGAACUGUCAGAAAUAUGUGCACUACAAGAAUGUACAUGCACAUAUCGGACAGAGUUCUUCCACUGAUGCAGAAAUUAGGUCACAUUCUGUGUCUCUUUUUGUGUUGCAGUUGGUAAGUACUCUACUUGAACCAUCACCAAUACGUUUCUUAAGGAUGUUAUUCCUUGGAACCUGUGUUAAGUGUUUGCGUGCUUGAUGACUGAAAUUUCCCGUUAGUGUGCUGAAGUACUGUGGGAGGCCAAGCUACUUCUCUUGGCUUGUUUAAGAUUGGUUCCUGAGAAAAGGUGAAAGCAGUGUCAGGUGUAGCAUUUGGAACAUCAUCUUUUGUAACAAAAAUUGUAAGCUCUAUUGGUGUGGAAAAUGUAUUAUGUCAGGUAGUAUUGUAUGUGUGUGGAUUUACUAUUGUAACAACGUAUAUAUUUUGGUGAUGGCAGGAGAGGGUGGGUUGUAUGAAUAUCCCCCAUUAAUUUGCAUUAAAUGUAUGUAACAAGCCUCUGAUGAUGUGCCAUGAUCAGUGGAGUGGAGUACAGUAGUCUGGUAGUAAGCAAUGAUGUACUGUGUUCUGUGCUAGACCGCAGUUACCUGUAUAGUGAUAUGAAUGUGACGUCGAAACUUGGGCUCUUGAGCAGAGAAUAGAGGAUCAGCAUUGUCUGUGCUGGCUUCCCAUGAGGUAGAUCUGCUAAAAUUGUAUUUUUCAAAAUGUCAAAGACUUGGGUUUUAUAUCUUCGUGUAUGAAAGAAAGGUGUAAACUAUCAGUACCAGUAAAAAUUUUCAUUGAAAAAAAGUUCCGUGCUACCGGUACCUUUGAAGUUUGUGUUAAAAGAAGAACCCUGAAAAGUUUUUUUUCUGAGCUAAAUUGUCUUUCAGAAAGGCAUGACUGUCUCAAAAUGCAUUUAAUGUGUCAAAUUGUGACAACAAAUGAAUGUUACUUGUUAGUGCAUCCUUGCAAAAUAUAUUUUGUGUGAAAAGGUAAUGGAAAUGUGGUGUAAAAAAAGAAUGGAAACUUUAAAUAAGAUGACGGCUUUCUGGUAUCCAUUCCAUCGCAACUGUUGCUUGGGGUUUGACUUAGGGUUUGGACCUUUUGGAGGCUUUCUUCCCUUUAACCUCAAAAAGAUAAAAGGAUAAAACAUUUCACCAUUUAAAACAACAUGCAAUGAAUCUGUAGAAACAUCGAGCGAUUCAUAAUUAUUUGUGUUUCAUUGAAGUAUGAGUCCAUGUACGAUUAGACAAAAACAUGUACCUGUCUGGCGUGCUCUUCAGUGCAUGCGUGUUAUCCGCUCCGAGCGGAACAAAAGAGGGCGCAAUUUUUUUGGUACUCACUGCAUAAGUGCGCCAUGAGGUGCGUUUGAUGAGGAGCUUGCUGAGUAUACGUGACUAAUUUAUUCCGGCUUGUGUGGUCUUUGCGUAAGCACAGAAUGCGUACAAGAACCCGCUUGUAACCACCUGUCUUUCUUUCGCCAAUUUGGGGGGGUGCACUUCAGCUCGGGGCGGAUUGCAAAAAUGCCUGAUUAUGUCACUUUAAAAAGUAUCCGUACAGUUACAGAACUUUCAGUGAAUUGAUGUGGAUGUAGGGGAAGUAAACAUAUAAGUGCCUGUUAAAAAAUUGUAAUUGAGAAGUCAAUGCACAAAGGGAAUUUGAUAGCUUGGAAGCAAUCUGUUAUGCAUGUUGUGUUGAAACUGAUGAUUGAGUACCUUCGGAAAGUCCCAAGUAGUUGAAAGCUGCUGCAGGUGUAGUGAAGAUAUUUUUCUUUGCCAAGAAGAGGACAUGCAUGUACAACAGUCGAACGUAGCCCACCAGACUUUUUUAUUUUAUCUUGCUCCUAAUCUCUUAGAAUUUUGGGUGAUUAUUCACUUGCACAACAAGUGCACUGAUGGACAUUUUUGGAGGCUUUCUGUAACUUACAUAGGUACUAUAAGUGAAAUGGCAGUUCUAGGCGUUAACACCGGGGGGGGGGACUUCUACCAGUUUAUGGCGAUGGUUGAACAACCUGAGAAAUCAACCUGAAAAAUUACUUUGAAAAUUUUGAUUAUUUUGUAACUGUACGUACAUGUACUUUAAAGAGCCUCAAUAUAAAUAAGAUAUCAUUUUAGCGGUGUUUCUGCUCAUUCCUUUCACAUACGUACAUGUAUAGGGGAAGUUUUAGUGAAAUUUUGCUUGAGAAAAAUUAUCAGCACUUAUCAGAAAAUGCAUGCACAUGUAGUAUGCAUACAUCACGUAUCUUUUAGAUAAAGAGCAUAACUCUGAAUAGGGAGUAACAUGUAAACAUUGUGAAGGUGCUUGUGCUGUUUGAGUGUAUGGAACAAAACAGUGGCUGUAAUGGGCGAGUGAAUUGUACAUCCAGGUGUAAGAUUUCAUAAUACAAGUAUUUUCUUGUGUUUAGAUUCAUGUACAUUGAUUGUGGUACCCGCAUGUAUGAGUGUUAGAACUAAGACUGAUUUCUAGCCACAAGUUAUCUGAGUUUAAAGUUCUUGCGAGAUUACUAGAAUUUAUAAAUGCACGGUAUUAGAUUGUGGUGUUUGGGAAGGAUACACAUUUGGUGCAAGUUAUUAAGGGCAUAAAAUUGAGUGUUUGUGACUCACAGUACGAAAGGUGUGGGCAGAGCUGUUUAUACAGAGAGUUGCGACAUCAGUGUCUUCAAUUGUUGGAACCAAAAUGAUUGAUUAUGGACAUGGACAAUUAGCACACGGUAGCUGCAUGCUGUACGGCAUACAUAAUGAAUUAGCCAUUUUGGUUCCAGAGUUUGAAGUUGGUGCUACUCUCUCUAUAAAUAGCUCUGGCUGUGGACAUACAUGUAGGAUCUCUGUAAUGUGUUUGAGGACCAGAGGAUGUACAUAUGCUCAUGUAAACCAUUUGAAGGUGAAUGAUGUUUGAGUUGUCUACUAACAGUGUGGAAGAAAUUACUGUGACUUUUGUGCAUGGAGUGUUAAUUUAAAAAAAGGAAGAUGUUUUGUACAUGUAUAGAAAAAUUGAGGGUUGUCCCUGUUAUGAAUAAAGAGAGAUUCAGAAUUGUCACUAUGCACUGUUAUGCUUGAUUUGUGAGUUAAUGUAUUGCUGAAGUGAGCGUGGAAACUUGAAGCGGUUGACACUUGCAUAUUAAUUUUCCUUUGUUUCUUGAUGUAUGAGGAUGUUUGAUCUACAUGUAGGCUUCACACAGUGUGGUUGAUGCACACUGGCAACAAUUCUACGGUUCUACUAGGGGCCUGGGGUCUAGACCUGUUCUGACCAGGAGUGCCGUGUCCACCAUAGGCCAUUUUUUAAUGUGGCCACUCUAUAAGUGUGGUGAUUAUGGAGUGAAGCAUUCUAUUUUGACUUUGGAACAUUUGACAGUUGCUUGACGAGGGACGUUUUGUUGAUAAGACAUGUAAGAUGCUAGUGACUGGCAUGAUUGAACAAUUUGGAACAGGUUGUAUCGAGCUUUAUUUUGUUCCAAGAGUUGAGGAUCAUCUGUGAAGACACAUGGUGUUGCAUCUUGAAUCUUGUUUGUUUAUCUGGAGUGAUGAAAUUGGUGCAAGGCAUGCAUGCGUGGAGGGCAGGCUGUUGUGUAUGUUUGAAGCGAUGCUUGCUUGGUGGUUGUGAAGAAACAGGUAUGUAUGGCUGGAGGUAAGUCCAGAAUUUCAAGGUCUGUAUAGAGAUUGCAUAUCCCUUUUAAGGAGAUUUUUUGAGUUUGUGAUAUAGAGGAUAUUCAUUUGUGAUUUUUGACGGCCUGUGUUCAAUUUACUCAGAUACGUGCAGAAACGUGCAUGCGUUUGAAGUCUCACUUGCACACACGAAACUGGCAAUGGAAAUAAACACAUUCGAAAUGCACGCACAUCCACACAUAUGGUAUGCUAGUCUCCUGAAAUGCCUUUGUCCGUCAUUUUAUGUCACAUGAAAAACCUUUAUAGUCUUACAUGUACAUGUAUUCUGAUCUUAAAAAAGAAAGUGAAAAGUGAAGAAUUCUUCUAGCUUCUAGACACCCAGUGAAUGAAACGAACAUUCAAAUUGUUCUGAAGUUUUUCCAGAUCAAAUUCAAUACUGUGGCACCUGUAGUCCAAAUUUGUUAAAGGUAGCAGGAAUGCCAUAAGUUUUUACAUUAUUUUGGAAAGUGGCAUGAGUCACAAUGUUGAUUAUUAGCUCUAGGAAUUACCUGGUGACCACAUAUACAGUGCAUGUUGCUGAUAACCAGUGUAUAUUGGAGGUAUGGGAAGAAAGUACUCAUGUGAUUGAACAUGGUGUAAUUCGUAAAGUUUUGCAAAGAAUGUUGCACUUUUCAACCCACCGCAGGGCCAGCUCAGAGUCAAAACUGCCGUGUCUGUCAAGGUGCCUUCUUCCAUGACCAGGGAGUGCUUCAUUCAGUAGCAAGUCAUUUAUAAUAGACAGGUUUAGGCUAGAUGUACAGCUGACUGAGCUGAGUCAACGGCCAACCAACUGCCGAGUACCUGUUAGCCAGAAACUAAGCAGUUACAAGAUUGCCCAUUGACAACGCAUGAAGCCCGACAUGAACAGAGACCAGACCAAGGAAUGUUUAAGUCAUAAUGACGGUCACACAGACAUUGGCACUAUAUUAUCAGCAGGAUGUUUGCCAGGAUCUUUCAUCAUUACCUCUCAAGUUUAGGCUGCCAGUGUCCCUGCAGAUGUCCAAGCUUACCUCUUGUACCAUGUCAACUCCACGGAUUGUGUGACCGUUGGACAAAUACCAUUUAAAUCUAAGUGACCCAAAUUCUUGAAAUCCUGUUACACACCUGCAAAACAGCAGCAGUGCUCUUUUCUUAAAAACGAAUUCUUCUACUAAAUUGAAAAGCAGCCAGUUUUUAUGCAUUCCUUCAUAUCCAUAUUUCAAGAUCUGUGAAUGAAUGAUAUGCUAAUAGGUUUCAAUAAAAUGGCAUCUUUCCUUAAAAAGA